AUGUCAAAGGACGUCCGCCGGUUGUUCGCCGCCCAGAAGGCAGCCAAAGCAGGAGCAGCAGCAGCCGCCUCACCAUCUUCUUCUUCGCCAUCUUCACUCUCAGCCUCAGUCUCAAAGCGGGUCACCCACCCCUUGGCCAAAUACGACCCCAAGACCUUUCGCCUGACAUGUGCCAUUUGUGGGCCAGCCGUGCCCAUCAAGUCCGACAGUCUCUGGAACGCCCAUUUGGUCUCCAAGGCUCAUCAGGAAGCCGUCGCCAAGCUGCGAGCCGUCAAGGAGCAGAUGCAACGGAAAGAGGCCGAGGCUGCAGAACAACGGAAACUUUGGCAGCAACAACAACAACAGCAGCAGGCUCAGGCUCAGGCACAGGGACAAGGCGUCAAGAGGAAAGCUGCUGGAGGACUGGUCGCCUAUGCGGACGACAGUGAGAGCGAUAGUGAUGACGAAGAGACUGGAUCGGCAGCACCAGCGCCUGCAACAAACAGCCAAUCCGCAGUGACCUCAGAUUUCAAACGUGUCAAAAUCGACGAUGAGGCACCAGAGCAGGAGGACCACCGACGGGAACAGGAGCAGGAUAUUGAGGACGAAGAGGAAACUAUGGCUGGUCUACCCGCUGGGUUCUUUGACGCAGCGCCAUUACAAUCAGAGGCAACACAAGAUAGCAUACCCCAGGAGGAGGAGGAGCCAGAGCCAGAGCCAGAGAACAUGGAGGGUGUGCUGCCUGCAGGGUUCUUUGAUAACCCAGAGGAGGAUGCGAGGGUUCGCGUUGAAGUUGGAGGCGCGACGGCAGAUCAGCAGCAACGUCAGGUCGAUGUGGAGUUCAAGGCUCUGGAGGCCGAGCUGGCUCGGGAUUUGGAGCGUCAGGAGAGGCAGGAUGCUCAGAUUCGAGCUGGUCAGGCAGUGGAAACGAAACACAUCACGACUGCGAAUAGUGCGUCCAGCGAACACAUUCCUUAUGAGGAGAAAGUGGAACUGGAAGAACAGGAGCUGGAGGAGAGUAUCAUGGCGCGUUCGGAGGAAGAGUACCUGCUCUUUGUGGAGAUGCAGGAGAGACUGGACGCGUUGCGGGAAAAGAAGAACCGUCUCCUUGUACUCCAAAAGUCACCCAGUGUAGCAACAACAGCAGCAGUCGGAGCAUCAUCAUCACCUUCGGGAAUUUCGUCUAGCACAAAGAGCAAACCGAGGAAGGCCAAAGGCAAGUCGAUUUUGGACCUUGUCAGAGAGCAGGAACUCGCCAAGAAGGAAAAGGAGCGUCAAGCGGCUGCAGCGUUCGCUAAGGCGAAUGCGGAUCGAGGAGACAGCAAAAUGGGCGGUGGCGAUGAUAACUCGAAUGGCGACGAGGAUGAGAGUGAUGAGGACGACGAGGACAUUGAAGCCAUGAUGGACUGGAGAGCAAGGCGAGUGUAA